UCUGGCCUCCCCGUCCGCGCGGGCCUAAGCGCCCCGGGACCCCUGGGUUCCCCUCUUUCUCCUUUGGUUUCGCCCGGGGGUGGUCCCCGCUAGCUCACGCUUCCCGUGGGUUCCGCCUGGCCUCUCGCGAAGUCGCGUCCAGGCGCCAGUACUCGUCCUCGUAAGGUUGUCCGCUCGUGCCUUGGCUUGUGUCCUCGGCUACCCCUGGGCCUGCGCACCGCUCCUCCAGGAGCCUGCACCUCAGCCCCGAUGCCAGGGCGGCCGGGGUGACCUCGGGCUCCCCCGUCUCGGGCUUGCACACCCCUGCGGCGCAGAGCCAACUCCAGCUUGUCUAGCCCGGUCCUCCAUCCCUGCAGAUGGAACUGUUUUCCCGCGUUGAGACGUGCGGUCCGCUUGUGCUUUUAGAACUAGUAAGACUGCUGCAGAGUCCGGAGGAAGAAGUCACCUAGAAAAGUCUGGGACAGGGCAUUUGAGUUCCUGAGAUCUAGUUGGUGAGAGACAUGAUGUUCUACCGGUUGCUGUCGAUUGUUGGAAGACAAAGAGCCAGCCCAGGAUGGCAGAACUGGUCCUCUGCAAGAAACAGUGCGUCAGCUGCCGAGGCGCGUUCCAUGGCCCUGCCCACCCAGGCACAGGUGGUCAUCUGUGGAGGUGGAAUCACGGGCACUUCUGUGGCCUAUCACCUCUCCAAAAUGGGGUGGAAGGAUAUUGUCCUUUUGGAGCAGGGCAGGCUGGCUGCUGGCUCUACCAGGUUCUGUGCUGGCAUCCUGAGCACUGCCAGGCACUUGACCAUUGAGCAGAAGAUGGCAGACUACUCAAACAAACUCUACCAUCAGUUAGAGCAAGAAACAGGGAUCCAAACAGGUUACACAAGGACAGGCUCAAUCUUUCUGGCCCAAACUCAGGACCGACUGAUCUCCCUGAAGCGCAUCAACGCAGGGCUGAAUGUUAUAGGUAUCCCUUCUGAGAUCAUCUCCCCCAAGAAAGUGGCCGGGCUUCACCAUCUCCUCAACGUGCACGACCUGGUGGGGGCCAUGCAUGUUCCCGAGGAUGCAGUGGUGUCUUCCGCUGACGUGGCUCUUGCCCUGGCAAGUGCUGCCUCCCAAAAUGGUGUUCAGAUCUAUGACCGGACAUCUGUUCUUCAUGUAAUGGUCAAAAAAGGUCAAGUUACUGGAGUGGAGACUGAUAAAGGACAGAUUGAAUGCCAGUAUUUUGUCAACUGUGCUGGCCAGUGGGCAUACGAGCUGGGUCUGUCCAACGAGGAGCCGGUUAGUAUCCCGCUACAUGCCUGCGAACACUUCUACCUCCUGACUCGCCCCUUGGAGACCCCUCUGCAGAGCAGCACACCAACUAUUGUGGAUGCUGAUGGAAGAAUUUAUAUUCGGAACUGGCAGGGUGGCAUCCUGUCUGGGGGCUUUGAGAAGAACCCGAAACCAAUUUUCACUGAGGGCAAGAACCAGCUGGAGAUUCAGAAUCUACAGGAAGACUGGGAUCACUUUGAGCCUCUGUUGAGUUCCCUUCUGAGGAGGAUGCCAGAAUUAGAGACUCUGGAGAUCAUGAAGUUGGUGAACUGCCCAGAGACCUUCACACCAGACAUGAGGUGCAUCAUGGGCGAGUCUCCUGCAGUGCAGGGCUACUUUGUCCUGGCAGGAAUGAACUCUGCUGGCCUUUCAUUUGGUGGAGGAGCCGGAAAGUACCUUGCCGAAUGGAUGGUACAUGGUUAUCCCUCAGAAAAUGUUUGGGAAUUGGACCUGAAACGUUUUGGAGCCCUCCAGAGCAGCCGCACCUUUCUGCGCCACCGGGUCAUGGAAGUCAUGCCUUUGAUGUAUGAUCUGAAGGUUCCCCGCUGGGACUUCCAGACCGGUAGGCAGUUACGCACCUCUCCUCUCUACGACCGGCUGGAUGCACAAGGAGCCAGGUGGAUGGAAAAACAUGGAUUUGAGAGGCCAAAGUACUUUGUUCCCCCUGACAAGGACCUCCUGGCAUUGGAGCAGAGCAAGACUUUCUAUAAGCCAGAUUGGUUUGACAUCGUGGAGUCUGAAGUCAAGUGCUGUAAGGAAGCUGUGUGUGUCAUUGACAUGUCCUCUUUCACAAAGUUUGAGAUAACAUCCACUGGGGAUCAGGCAUUAGAAGUUCUACAGUACCUCUUCUCCAAUGACCUGGAUGUGCCUGUGGGCCACAUUGUGCAUACUGGCAUGCUCAACGAGGGUGGAGGGUAUGAAAAUGACUGCAGCAUAGCACGACUGAACAGGCGCAGUUUCUUCAUGAUCUCUCCAACCGACCAGCAGGUCCACUGUUGGGCCUGGCUUAAGAAACACAUGCCGAAAGACAGCAACCUGCUCCUGGAGGACGUCACCUGGAAGUACACAGCCCUCAAUCUGAUUGGCCCUCGAGCUGUGGAUGUGCUGUCUGAGUUGUCCUAUGCCCCUAUGACUCCAGACCACUUCCCCAGCCUCUUUUGCAAGGAGAUGAGCGUGGGCUAUGCAAAUGGGAUCCGGGUGAUGAGCAUGACACACACAGGAGAGCCAGGAUUCAUGCUCUACAUCCCUAUAGAGUACGCCCUGCAUGUAUACAAUGAAGUGAUGAGUGUUGGCCAGAAAUACGGAAUCCGGAAUGCUGGGUAUUAUGCUCUUCGCAGUCUCCGAAUUGAGAAGUUUUUUGCCUUCUGGGGUCAGGAUAUAAAUAACCUCACCACGCCCCUGGAAUGUGGACGAGAGUCGCGGGUGAAAUUAGAGAAGGGCAUGGAUUUCAUUGGUCGCGACGCCCUCCUGCAGCAGAAGCAGAAUGGAGUGUAUAAACGCCUCACCAUGUUCAUCCUGGACGACCAUGACACAGACCUAGACCUUUGGCCUUGGUGGGGAGAGCCCAUUUACCGGAAUGGGCAGUAUGUUGGCAAGACCACCAGCAGUGCCUACAGCUACAGCCUGGAGCGCCACGUUUGCCUGGGCUUUGUGCACAAUUUUUCUGAGGACACGGGGGAAGAGCAAGUGGUGACAGCAGAUUUCAUCAACCGGGGAGAGUAUGAGAUUGACAUCGCGGGAUACCGCUUCCAGGCCAAGGCCAAGCUCUACCCUGUCGCCUCCCUCUUCACCCAGAAGCGCCGAAAGGAUGACAUGGAGCUGAGUGACUUACAUGGCAAGUGAUGCCACCAGGGCAGCCUCACCUCCUCCCCAUCAUCUUGUCCUAGAGUGGGUGUCACCUUGGAGCUUCUCUUCCUUCCGCCUCCGUUCCUCUUCUGGAGCCUUUGCCUCCCAUCUCUUAUCUCCUUGAUAUAAUUUUGAACUUGACCUACUUUAAACUUUUUUGCUCUGCAGCCUUCCUUGCCCUUCCACCUCCUCCUCCUAAUAUUCACUCUGGGCUCUUCUUCCCUUCCCACCCCUCACUCAGCUUCUCAUGGUGGCAGGAGGUGUGUCUGACAGGACAGAAGCAGGCUCCACUGUGGACAUGAGUGAUGGUGACAGCUGCUUUCAAAUUCUGCAUCUCAAGGCAGGGCAAGCCGGGGUGGUGCAGGUCUCAGGGCACGAGUCCCUCUCCCUUGGGUUCCAUUUUCUUGGAGCAGCCUAUUAGUUCUGGUGGGGUUGCCGUGUGUCGGAUGCAGCCCUGAGGUGCAGCUCGUGCCUGCAGCCCGGCAGCUCGUGCCUGCAGCCCGGCAGCUCGUUCUCCUGUUCCGCUGUGCUGUGGGCUGGCACUCGAUACCUCUGGCAAGAGGAUGAUCAUCUACCUCACUGAUAAGAGGCAUCGCAUGGACGUUCUCUGGUCUUUAGUGGAGACAAGCAGUUAACCUAGCGCCAUCCUCAUCCUCCCUGCAGAAGCCAUUAGCAGACCUUUGGGCCAGGGCAGCCUCCCUAUAAUUUUCUUCAUCUCUUGCUAAUCUCUAUAAUAAGGUUGCUUUUUCUUUCUUAGUUGAGUAAACAAGUAAGCCACAGUGUUUGAAAGGGAAAAACCAUGUUGCCUUGUGUGUUGCUUUUCCCAGUCAAAAGGGUCUGACCUCAGAAAGUCCCCACCAGUGAUGCUGAGUGUUCUGCUAUGGAAACAAUGCUGCUUUUCUCUCAGCUGUCCAAAGUUCAGCCGUUCCUCCUUCCCCUUCUCCCAGUGCGUUUGACUUUGUCAGGUCAGCUUCACUUGUCCCCUUCACAGUUGGCCCAUAAAGUCAUGUUUCUCUCCCUUUAGAAUAGGGAGGGGAAGGGAUCAGGUGUGUAGUCCUGGGCCUUUCAACCUUGCGGGCUGUGCUGAGUUCCAGAGAGCUGCCGGAAUUCCAGGUUUGGCUCUCCAGCACAGAGCAGAGCUACACAGAGGUGACCCACGUUAGUCCACUGAGAGUUCUGAGUCCAAAGGGUGUACGUUGCAUAAGGCUAGAGACCGCUUUUCCUCCUUUCCCCCCAGGCUCUUUGUUUCCCUCCACCCACCCUUCCAUAUCCUCUGGAGCAGGAGACAAUGUGGGUGCCCAGGAGUGCCCUGCGCUUUCAGGCAGUGUCUCUGUUUUCCCAAGGUGAAACUUAGAUAUCAUGGACUGUUGUCCAGCCUCAAUGCUUCAUUUUCCCCUUGCAUAUCAACUGCCCUAAUCUGACUUUUUUUAAGUGCAAAUAAACUGCUAUAAGACAUUUUGGUUAGUAAAACUCUAGCCUUUGGCGUGUUGGUAUCUUGGAAGCAUUAGCUCUGAUAGGUCUAUAAGUGUAUUAAGGGACAUCCUUCCAUUUCAUUAGAGCAGCUUAAAAUGCUCAGGUGUCUGCCUUCUCUGGUGUUUCUUUGGGAUCUCUGUUUACCCACUUACGCUGGCUCCUUCUAGACAUUUCUUGCCACUUCCCCAACUAGAGCACUCCUAGUAAUUACUGACUUUAGUGCCCACCUUUUUGGAAGGUUCUGGUUGGCUUAUUAGAGGAGCAUAUGAUUAGAAUUCUGUUUGGGAGUCUAGUUGUCUUGGAGCAAGUAUGUACUUAACUAGCCGAGAGAUGCUGCCUCUAGGCAGAGAGGAGGAGAGGUGUUGCUGGCUGGAGGGCCAACCAGUGAACAGCAGCUGUGAAGGCCUUGGGAGAGGAGGAACAGGCCCUUGGGCAGAUGCAGGCAUUACCAGCAGGGAGCAGACUUACCUCCGAAGAUGGAGACAGGUGACUGAGAGCUGCAGGCCUCCCCUGCUCUUCCAAACACGUAGCAUUUGCACCCCUCCAAAGCCAUCUUUGUAAAGGAAAACGUAUUUGUAAUUGAAUCCAGAAGAAUUUAGUUACACAUAGACAUAACUCUUCAACCUUAACUAUGGCAAUACAUUUGUGCUUUUAACUGUUACACAGCAGUAUCACCACUUACCAGGAUCCAAAUCGAAAUAAUAAAAGCUGUCUCCAUAGUUUAAAAUCGAAUAGUGCCAUCAUCACAGUAUAUUAGUCAAAUAGAAGCUUCAUCAGAAAUGUAUCCCACAUAGAGUUUUAAGACUUGGAUUCUCUUCUGCCCUUGUUAAUCUCCAACUAAUUACUGCAGAUUGACACGUUUUUAAUUAGCUGUCCUUUGUAAGAAGUCAGGAAAUCUGAUGCUGUGUCCAAAAUUAUGCACUGUUUGUUGAAGUAGAACCAGAAAUCCUGACCUCCUGUUAAAUGACAUCAGUUUCCCCCUCUGAGCAACAGACUGCUUGUCUUGCUAGGAGAGGAGGAUGGGGAGCUGAGCACUCAGGCUGUCCAUUGAAACCCCUUGUCCAUGAAUAGGGUCAUACUCCUAAGACUGAUGGGAUGUUGAUCUUCUAGGACAUCACUUGUUUAUUCAGUGCCCCAAACACAGAUUUCUCUUCUAGCACUUUAGAGUUCAUCCUUGAAGUCUCUCCUGGUUCAUUCAAAUACAAGCUGUGUGAGUCUGGUGGUUUUCUGUAAUUGGUCUAAUGUGAGCUCUUUGAACAGACAGAUCUGACAGUGAAUGACUCUCCCCUGCUUCUGGCAUAACGGCUUUGCCUCUGUCUAGUGUCCAAGCAUCUUGCUGUUCAAGAGGAGAGGGCAGCAUAACUUCCUGACCACCGGUGUCAGAUAUCAGAGCAUUCUGGACUCCUGAGAGGCAGUGGCCUCUUGAGUGAACAGGGGAGGCCAGUAGAUGCCCCAGAUCCAGAGCUGUGGCUGCAAAUCCAGCAGGAAUAAGGAGGGACAACCACAGCCUCCUCAUCCAUGUGUCAUUUCCAAGGGUUUGCCUUGUGUCUCAGCUCAUUCUGGGCAGCACGUUUGUCUUCUGUCCCUAGAGAUUUGAAGGAUUUUGGACUCUUGUGAAUGGGUGACUGGACUUGGCUUUACAGAGUUGGGUGCUUUUUUCUCUCUGCAAUUACCUGUCAUAGCAUUUUGUGCUCACCACGAAGGAUGGUCUCUGCCUUCUCUUGUCGGUGUAUGCCAUCUGAACCUAGGAACACAAAGUAUAUUGGCCUCAAACGGAGACCCAGGGUUGCCAGUUUUCCGUGGGCCUUCCCCUCCCUUGAAAUGUCCUUAAUUACCUCUCCUUCGUUGUCAGGCCACGUGUGACUUCUGUUCUUAGCACUGCCAGGGUCAUUGACUUCCAUCUAAGCUUGCAUCAGGAAGAUGUUCCUUCUGUGAUCAUUGGUACUGAAGCCAGAAAAGCUCUCAUUCAGGAACUCUGAAGAGCAAAAAGGGACAAACACUAAGUGCUGAGCUGGGCCAUUUGAUCUCCUUUCACCUUGCAUUGCUGUCACAGCACCUCGUAUGACGGCAGGACAGGCUCCAGCAGCGAGAACUGCACAGUGACCACUGUAUUUUUCACGCUCUUCCAGGGGUCCCUGUCCCCCGACAUUGAAGAGAUCUCAUUCAGGCCAGAGACACAGAGACCACAUAGCCCAGUGAUUAAACCCCGGUUUCACUCUGGCCCCAGGAGUGGAGCCUGGCCACUCCUGUUUGGUUCUCAUUGGGAGGCCCGCUGGCCUUGGAUCAUCUCCUCAUGCACACCCGGAGUUUUACCUGCUUGCUUGCUUUCCUGGACUGCUGUUUGCAAGAAAGUAACUAAAACAUGAAAAGUAAACCUCCAGCUUCCACAGUAUAUUACCUGCCGUUGCAUGCAUUUGAAAGUUAGCCUCCUCCCUUGCCACCGUCUUGGUGGCAGUAGCGAUGCAAGAAUGAUGGGAGCUUCCCGAGAGCGUUCAGUGCUUCACUGAAGACAGGACCCGUAGCCUUCAUUUCUGGCUCUGUGUCUCCUCUGGCAUAUGGACACAUUUCCUGGCAUUUGCCUGAGUCUACACCACUUUUUGAGAACCUGAAAUAGAAGGGAAUCUUCUGUGGCCCACAGUCUCCAUAUUGGCCCUAGAAGACUGGCCUGGCGGAGGAAUUUGCGUUGGCUUGCUUUCAGGGGUUAGCUACAAGAUUCAGCUUUAUAUCUCUGUUGCUUCUUGGCCAGUGUAGUCAAUAAGGGUCUUCUUUAACAUCUAAGAUAGAGGUUUGGUUGGCCGGGCGUGGUCGCUUACUCAUGUAAUCCCAGCACUUUGGGAGGCCCAGUGAGGUGGGAGAAUCGCUUGAACCCAGGAGGCAGAGGUUACAGUGAGCUGAGAUUGCACCACUGCACUCCAGCCUGGGUAAGAGUGAGACUCUUGUCUCAAAAAAAAAAAAAAAAAAAAAAAAAAAUCUAAGAUAGAGGUUUGGUCAACAGUGCUUAAUAAUAAAUAAGAACCUCCUGCCGUUCUAAUUUUCCUGCUGCACCCCAUCCCCCACACACCCCUCACGAACAUUGAUAUAAGCAGUAUUAACACAGUAUAAAGAAUGUUCACCUUGCACAUGUCAUUUCAGGCACAUGGAUUCAGGAGAAGCACAGUUGAGUGGAAGUAAUGGUAGACUUGUGAGACUUGCCCCAGGCCUUGUGUACACACAAUAAGUGGUGAGCCAUGGGACUCUCCGUCAGCACCUCCCUCCCCGCCACCACUUCAGGCCAACACUUUAAGGUGCUGAGUUGUAAGGCUCCUCCAUUGUCAGUACAGGGCUCGCCUUUGCAGCCCUGAUCACUACCAGUACACUUUUCGAGACAACUGAGUAUUUUUGUAUGCCUUUGCCUUCCCUUUGUCCAUGAAACAUCAAGAGUUGUUUAUGGUUCUUGACUUCUCUGAGCAGAGUGUCUGCAUCUCUUGGAGAGUUACACGUGUAUUUCUUCAUGAGCCAUUUUUCUCAUUCUUAGAUGCACCUGUUUUUAUCCUUUGCAGACCAUCUUCUGCCUUCUUAUUUUCCUGUCUGUCAAAGACAGAAAUUACAGGAGAUAGGGAGGAUUUUUUAGCAUCUCUUUCAAAAGAUGUAUGUCAGAAUUUCCUUUGCACACCAAGAACUGGAGCUUAGAGCCCCGCUGUUCUCUAAGCCAGGUUCUAGUGCCUUAAGCUCCAGAAUGUCAGAUGGUGGGUGCAGAUUGGAAGAAAGAGAAAAGUUCAUCUCGGUGUGUGGGUUCCCAUCCGCCCCACAUAGCCUCUCCUUCUUCAGAACAAUGGGCGUGGGGUAGAAAGCUCUUUCAGUGAAGGGUGUUCUAGCAGCUCAGUUAACACUUUACUCUCCGGUCAACACUUGGGACGUAUAAAAAUGCCAUUGUAACUACUGUAGAGUCCUGUGACUCAUCGUUUGUGUUUGUCAAUGUGCAGUUCAGCUUAGCCCUUCCCUGUUCCUAUGUAGUUACAAUCUGGCCCUGAAGACAUCCGAGGCAUUUCAGUAAGUGGAAUCUUUUCUAGAGAUCCUGGGUGACUUUGGGUGCACAGGGUGACCGAGCAUUUCUGCCCCUGUGAAUGUGGCACUAACACUGUGCACUGUCUCCACCAAGCAAGGUUUCCACUGAGUUUCUUCUCAUGUUACUAGGUUUGUAAAUGAAUAAACACAUUUUAACUACUCUU